AUGAGCAAUACCUUUGAUGAGCAGACACAAGGGAUGGACGUGACGAAGAUGUUCCCAGACCGAGUGAAGGGAAAAACAUUCCUCAUAUGCGGCCUCAAACGAGGCGAUCUCCCUGCAACGACCGCAGACGCCCUGGCCCACGGCGGCGCAGGAACCAUAAUAUGCACAGGCCGCUCGCAACCCGAACUCCAGCCGGUGCUUGAUCACAUCAAUCGGAAAUAUAAAGCGGUUAAAUUGAUUUUUGUGACGGCCGACGCCAGCAGUCUCGCUUCGUUCCAAGAGGCAGCACAUACCAUCAAGAAGCUGGGUGUGACCAUUAACGGAUUCAUUGGAUUUCCCGAAGUCAUGGCUGUACCGUGGGAGCUCACGGUGGAUGGACAUGAAUCUCAUUUCCAGAGGAACUACCUGUGUUAUUUCCUGAUGCUGAAUCUACUGCGUGAGAUCAUGGGGCCUGCGACGAGGGUCGUUCUGGUUACGUCUAGUUUGCGGAACGAGGCGCCUGCGCCUUCGUGGGAAGACUUGAGAUUCCAGAAUGGAGAGAACUACCAUUGUCUCGAUGGAUAUUCGCAAUCCAUGUUGGCGAUCAUCCUGUUCAUCAAGUCUAUUGCGAAGAAGUACAAUGUCGCUGCGUUUUCUGCCAAUCCAGGAAAUACCAAAACCAACGUCCAGACCUAUGUUGCCAUGGAGGAUAUCAAGUCCUGGCUCCAGCGGAAGAAAGAAGCGGGUGAAGACAUACCGGUCCUGUUACAGCAAGCGCCGAAGUCUCUCGGGCAAGGUAGUGCCACAGUACUGCGCGGAUUACUCGAUCCGGAGCUUGAAGACCAUUGUCAGACACCGAAAUUACCACACCUUGACUUCCCAGCGGGUGAAGCCAGUGCAGAGGCGCUAUGGAGACGAAGCCAAGAAUUAGUUGCAUCGUUUGUUUCCUGA